CGAAUUUUUGUGGCCUGGCAGCUUGCACCUUGCAUCUGUGGCAAACUAAGUGCCCGAGGGACACACACCCGCAGCAGCAGCAGCAGGCGGCACCCCUAUGGGCAGGCAGGCGUAGGAUUCGAAGCUUGAAGAUUCUUGUUAUUGGUUCCUGAAAGCGUUUUUGAUAAAUUCUGGAGCAUGUCGGCGGGACCCGACAAAGUUCCUCCAGGCAAACCGGGACCUCUGAAGGGGAACCCCAAACUUAAGGCGUACUUCCGACGAAACUGCAUUCUGACCAAACUGAUGAAACACAUGGCCCUGCGGGGAGAGCCGGGACAGAGAUUCAGCUUCGAGGACAGCAAGGGUCUACUGGACACCUUUCUGAAGGCCUUGAAGAUAUACAUGAAGACCGCCUUGAAGGAGAUCAUAGAGCGGUGCGAGCACCGCUCUGCCUAUCAUCUCCACGAGGAUACUCGCUACGAGUUGGUUUACGAUAUGAAGGCCAAGAUGGAACGCCUCGACGAGAGGGAUCGGCAGGAGCAUUGCCUGUCGGAUGACGACGACCAGAUCAAACGUGUGGUACCCUCCACGAACUUCGGACUGGGCCUAGCCAGGCGCCUGACGACGACCAACAACACGGCCCUGGAUGCCAUCGGACUGCGGAUGCGCCAGGGCCCACCCCAGGCACACUCGACACUCGCUAGUGUGGCAGUGAAACCGCGAUCCCUGCCUCAGCCCCUGGCCCAGCCCCUGCGGCCAGCAGCUAAGCGUUGGAAGUACAUCUGCGUGGCCGAUGUGAUUCGGUUCCUGAAAGACGACAAGCGCUAUGCCCAGACGAGGUUGCUCAUCGUCGCCAAUUCCAGUUACGAGUACUAGGGCGGAUUCUGAACCCCAACUCAAUUGCAGCCAUUUUGGGUUCAAUGAACUUCCUCUUUCAAUAAAUCUCAACCAAAG